AUGAACAAGCACGAGGAAGCCUUCCAAACCCUCCUUGCUGCUGCUGCUACUCUCUGUCUUAUAGUGAAGAUGAUGAAAAGAGCUAAGAAACAACUGCUUCCAUCCAUUGGAACUCUACCAAAGGAGCUGCUAACAGAGGUGUGUGCUCGAGUUGGAUCUUCUGUAGUGACUGACCUCUUCAACCUGAAACAGAGUUGUAAACAAUUCUACAGGGCUGGGGUUGACAUAGAAGUGCUUCGAAGGGUCUCAUUAGAAAAGCUUCUGGAAAUUCGAUGGCGGGUUUCAUCUGGGUAUCAUUCCUUCAUAAGACAGUGCAGGGAGAACGGUAACCCAGAAGCACUGUUCAAGCAUGGAAUGGUGGAAUAUUUUAGUAGAAUGGAACAAGAGUCAGGGAUUGAGUUACUGAAGAAAGCAAUUGAUCUUGGACAUGAAGUAGCUGCAUACAUGCUCGGAUUAAUCCUCUUGUGCACUAAUUACCCACUAAAAGAUCAAGCUUUAGAAAUUCUGAAAAAAGUAGAGCAAGGAUGUUCACCAUCAUCAUCAGCAAAGAUUAAAAAAUGUCAUAAGCGAUCGAAGGAGAUACUUAGGGACAUGUGGACUAAUACUGUUUCUCUCCCAAAACCAGCUGAACCCAUCUGUACCAGUUUAGUCUGCAAUAAGAGAAAUGGAUUGAUUAAUUCUUCUAGGUGGUUAUCAAUUGAAGAUGAAGAACCUCCAAAUUGUGAAGCUUGUAUAUGGGAUUGGGAAAUUGUUUUGCUUAGGAAUGUGUUACAUGCAACAUAA